ACAAAGUAAAGGGUGGCAAAUUAUCAACGUCCAAAAAAACCGGUGGCGAAAAAUCAAAUCCCCCGCGAAACCCUCACUUUCCCCCCAUUGCUCGCCUCUCUCUUCCGUGCGCGGCGGCGGCGCAUCUAGCAAAUAGCAGAGAGGCCGGCGGGAGGAAAGUUGAAGGCCACCGUCAGUACAUCCAGCAGCAGCAGCACAACUACAAUCUGAGGCGCUUGACAAGACCCGGUUAGGAGGAAAGGCCAUGAGCAAGAAUUCCAGUGUCUCUACGUUCAGCUUUAUCCACAAACUAACACAACGCACUGGCUUAGGUAAUUGUCAAAAUAUGUUGGCGUCACAUGGCCUUUGCGUGCGGUUCACUAUUUUGAAAAGAACAAAAAUACAACAAAAGAUCAAACGUGAGCCAGCCGCCCAACCCGAUUUGAGCUGGACCACCCUGUUUCAAAAUCUUUGAUCCGCCAGCCAGCCGCUGCUGCCACCACCGUCAGAGGCAGAGUCUUGGCUUCCAUCCGUCCUCCUGCGGCCUUCUAGCCGCUGCCACCACCUGCGGCCACCAACCUCUCUCCUGCACGCAGGGGGUCCCACAGCAACUGAACCACCUCUCGCAGUCCAACAAUGGAGGGUCUCCUCGACAGGCCCCUGAACCCGAACAAGCUUCUUAAGGAGCAAUUCGUGAGCAACCUGACGGGUUCAUCCCUUCUGGAGAUCGCGGCGCUCUCCACUAUCGUGCCGGUAGUGGUGGUUUUAAGGAAAUGGAGCAGCAGAGAUAAUAUUAGGAGGGAUUCAGUGAAGAAAAAUGAUGAUGCUCUUGCUGAUCAUAAAGAUGGAGUGUAUUACUUUUCAGCGUUGGUUAUAGAUUGUCUCACUGUUGUAUUGCCUAUACUUCUGAUUUUCACGAUCUUAGCUGAGUGGGCUUAUAUUUGUGCAAUUUCUCUUGUAGUUGUGAUAUCUAUCUACAUCUUGCUUAAAAGGUCUCAGUCUCAUCUCAAGGCUCAACAACAUCUGCCUUCUCUUAGGGCAGACAUAUCUUCUUACCGAGUGUCAGUGGUUUUAGUGACAUGCUUGUCCAUAUUGGCAGUGGAUUUCAAAAUCUUUCCUAGACGGUAUGCAAAGGCUGAAACAUAUGGUAGUGGCAUUAUGGAUCUCGGAGUAGGGUCUUUUGUAGUGGCUAACGCACUGGUGUCUAGACAAGCACGAAACAUAACCUCAAUGAGAUGGAAGGCAGCACUGAGGUCCAUAAGUCCUCUAGGAUUUCUUGGCUUUGCUCGUCUUAUCUCUACAUCAGGUGUUGAUUAUCAGGUGCAUGUAGGAGAAUAUGGUGUCCAUUGGAACUUCUUUUUCACCCUUGCAGCAGUUUCUAUCCUUACAUCCAUUAUCAGGAUUCAUCCUAAAUAUUGCGGGAUAGUUGGUAUGCUUGUUCUUGCAGGAUACCAGGUGUGGCUAAAUUUUGGGUUGAAUGAGUAUCUCACAUCUGAUGAGAGAAGUGCUGAUAUCAUUGGCCAGAAUAAGGAAGGCGUGUAUAGCAUAUUUGGAUACUGGGGUAUGUACCUGAUUGGUGUAUCUCUGGGUUACUUUUUGUUUCAUAACCUUAGUUCAAAAGGAAAGACCAGGAGCACUCAAGUGGUAAAAGUCUGGGUUCUCGCGGCAUCAUUUUGGAUUUUGGCGAUCAUUCUUGACAGCUAUGUUGAAAGAGUUUCUCGACGAAUGUGUAACUUCGCCUAUGUUAUGCUUGUGUUUGGCCAGAAUUUUCAGGUUAUAUCUAUUCUCACACUAGCGGGGUCCAUUUCACAUGACAAGAAUUUGGUUCUUGAGGAAGCAUUCAAUCAAAAUAUGCUUGGGGUAUUCAUUGUGGCAAAUAUCCUAACUGGUCUAGUAAAUCUCUCAGUUGACACGCUUUCGGCCUCUCCCCUCGCUGCCUUCAUGAUUUUGGUAGCGUACACCUUUACUUUGUGCAUGCUUGCUGGUCUUGCUCAGUUUUCUGGUGUUAGGAUAAAAUUUUGGUGAAUAUGGAUUUUGUCUGGUACUGUACUUUGUAUGUAUGGAGUAUUUAAUCUUGAUUUUGAGGAAGACACGUUUGUGUAUUAAAACCGAGCCCUUAGAGCUCAUAUGUGGUCAAUUACCAAGGCCCUACCCAUUGCAGGUGGUAUAUGAAUCGAGGUGAGUGUUGUUUAUUCA